CGCGCUGGCAGUCGGGUGCGGCGGCCGGCGGCGGCGGGUUCGAUCAUGGUGCGCUCGCUCAACUCCAUUGUGGCCGUGUGCCAGAACAUGGGCAUCGGGAAGGACGGCAGCCUACCCUGGCCGCCUCUGAGGAAUGAGUACAAGUACUUCCAAAGAAUGACUAGCACAUCCCAUGUGGAAGGUAAACAGAAUGCACUCAUAAUGGGUAAAAAAACCUGGUUCUCCAUUCCUGAGAAGAAUCGUCCCUUAAAAGACAGAAUUAAUAUAGUGCUCAGCAGGGAGCUCAAGGAAACCCCAAAAGGAGCACAUUAUCUUUCCAAAAGUCUGGAUGAUGCUUUAGCUCUUUUGGACUCACCAGAGUUAAAAAGCAAAGUAGACAUGGUUUGGAUCGUCGGAGGCACUUCAGUUUACAAGGCAGCGAUGGAGAAGCCAAUUAAUCAUCGAUUGUUUGUGACCAGAAUUUUGCAGGAAUUUGAAAGUGACACAUUUUUUCCAGAGAUCAACCACAAAGACUACAAACUUCUCACAGAGUACCCAGGUGUCCCUGCUGAAAUCCAAGAAGAGAAUGGCAUCCAGUACAAGUUUGAAGUGUAUGAGAAAGCUGUCAUGGUAUAACAAAUGAGGCUUCCUAUACUUCUGUGUAAGGGCACACAUUUUUAAUCACAAAGUCUCAUGGAGUGCAAAUAAAUUAUUGAAAGAAAAUCUUGCUUGAUAAUACAAUACUUCAGGAGUGAAUGAAUCCAAAACACACACCCCACACUCUGAAUACGUGCCCUGCCAUGA